AACUUAAGCUGCUCUAUACUUUAUCUCCUUUUGAAACUGGCACUGUAUUUGCUUGAUCUGUAUUCUUAGAUAAGAUAGGGAUAAAAUAGAGACCAGAAUAAAGAUGGCAGACGAAGCAGCACCAAUAGUCAAUGAGGGAAAAGGGUUACCAUUAAUUUGUAUCGAUUCAAGUGAACACAGCAUUCGCGCGUUAGAAUGGUACUUUUUAUAUCUUCACAAGGAAGGAGACACAGUUGGUUUAGCACAUGUACAUGUUUUACCUGAUAUGCCAGGAUAUGGAUUAUUUGGUCAUCGGGUAUAUGAAGAGGCUCAUGCAACCAAAUAUUUCAAAGAUGGUGAACCUGUUGCAACCAUGUUCAAUCAACAUCAAAUACAGGAAAGUGUGCGUGAGAGUAAAGCUAUCGCUGACAGAGCAAAAGAAAGAUGCCAAGAGAAAGGGGUCAAUGCCAAAGUGCUCGUGGAAACUUCUCAAGAUUCUAUUGGCCAUACGAUCUGCAAAAUAGCGCAAGAAAACAACGCCUCUAUGAUUGUGAUUGGUCAACGUGGUUUGGGUACGAUACGUCGUACCUUCUUAGGUAGUGUUAGCGAUUACGUUCUCCACCAUGCACAAAUACCGGUGCUUGUUGUGCCGCCAUUACCAGAGGAGAAAUAGAAUGAUUUUUGAAACUUUCUUAAAAUUACAUUUUAGACUCUAUUUACAUUAUGCCUUAUACUUCAUUUACAAUUUGUGCGAGAUCUUUUUGUGGUAAUAUAGUUAUAUUUAAGAGAGCUGUAGGGUUUGUUAUUUUGGUGGGAUUCUUUCUUUUCUAUAUGCAGGUUUAAAAUUGUUGUGACCCGAGACCACUUUUCACCAUACAACUAUGUUUGUUUGCUUUAUAAAAAAUUCUUAUAGAUAUGACUUUAACGUUUUCCUAAUGCGUUCAAAAAUCUUUCAUAGUUUGUUUUAACACAAAGAGAUGUUAGGAAGGAAGGAAAGGAACCAAAAGGAACCAAAAACGCAUUGUUUAGGGUCUAAUUUUUUUCUUUUCAAUCUCGUAGUUUAAUUUUUAUAUUCUUUUUUGUGAUUACACUUUGUAUACUUCAUGUAAAUAAUUUCAGAGUAUUUAUAGCGAUCAGCAACUUUCA